AUAUGUGGGAGGGGAGCAUCCGCCCACAAAAGCCACAGCAAUUUUAGUGUGCCUCAAAUGCAAUUGUGCAUCAAAAAAGUGAAUUUCGGGAAAUGUCGUGAGUGAAUUCCGCCGAAUAAUCUCAUACAAAUACUUCCGCGACAGAUUAAAAAAGAGAGCGAAAUCGCCCAGGCAUGCUGGUUUGGCAUUCAUAGAUAUUUAAAUGGCAGUGGGUGGGCCCUCGCGCAGACGGAGAUCUCUGACAGACCUGCACAUAUAUCCGCGGAGGGAUAUUAGUUAAUUCCGGAUCUAACAGCAGAGAUAGGCCCGGUUUCAACGCACACGGGACCGCCGCCGCUCAACCCGAUUCACGCGGACUCGCUUGGCAUUUUGUGCUCCGUUAUUGAAGGGUGUUUUUGCAUUGGCACCGCCCUUCCUGGCGGGGUGGGUCCGUGCGUCAGAGCUGCGCCACAGUCCGCGGCCGCUGGAGCAAAUAGGCCGUCCUUCUGCUGGGCUGUUGCCUGCCUUCUGCCUGCCUUCCUCGGCGUCCGGCCUUUUUUUCCUCUUAAACAACUCCUCUCCGGGUUUUAUUAAUGCGGAAUGAGUGAUCAGAAGAAGGAAGCCAUGGCCACAGAUGAAGGGAAAGCCAGUGGAGGUGAAGGGGGUACGAAAGGGAAAAGUUCUGGAUCACAGGAUGCUCAACCGUCUCCUCUCGCAUUGCUCGCAGCGACGUGCAGUAAAAUAGGAGGUGUUGGCAGCGAGGGUCAGGCGAACACACAACAGCAGAUAAUAAUCGACCCGAACCAGGGUCUUCUUCAGCUCCAGAACCCCACGCAGCAGCUCGAGCUCGUUCCUGCACAGUUGACAGGAAACGGCUGGCAGAUCAUCGCAACUUCCCCUGCAACUGCAACCAAGGACAACAUUGGCACUAACGUCAUAACCAAUGAAGGCGUCGCGGGGCGAAAGAUCAAGGCAAUCGGCUCGAAUAAUUCCCCUGGCGCACAGCAACAGCAACAGUUUCAAAUCAUCCAGGUGCAGAAUUUGCCGAACUCGUCGGGUGGGAUUCAGUAUCAGGUCAUCCCGCACCUUCAGACCGCGGACGGACAGCAGAUCCAAAUAAGCCCCAGUAACCCUUUAAGCGUUCAGCCCGAACAGAUCCAGCUCAUUCCCACCGGAAACAACCAAGCUAUUUUGGCCACGCCCCAAAGGACGGGAUCCACCAGCAUUGUCACUCAAAACCAGUCGAUUCCGCUUCAAAUCAGGCCGUCGUUUCCUCUGCAACUGCAAACCAUUCAGGGUACGCAAACGCCUAUGGUGACCACGUUGCCUAUUAACCUUGGCGGUGUGACUUUGGCUCUUCCGGUUAUCAAUAACGUAGCAGGAGCGGGAGGUUCGGUUCAACUGGUCCAAUCAGCCGACGGAAGUAUUUCCAAUGGAAACCAGCUGAUAGCAACGACUGUCACUAGCGCAGCAGAAUCCACCGGCGUUUCGACCUGCACGACGACUGCGACGGGCACCAAUUCGGUCGUUGUGACCUCUGCGGAUGGCAUGACGUUAUCCUCAGCGUCCGAAACCCAGAAGGACGGUCAGUCGGGUGAUGCAGACGCUCAGAACUUGGCUCAGUCCAACGGCCUCCAACCUGCAUCCGAUCAGACUGGCCAGAUCCAGCAAUUUCAAAUCGUGGGGCAUCCGGUUCUCCAGCAGAUCCAGAUCCAGUCGCCCCAGCAGCAGCAGCAGUUAGUCCAGGGCUCCAUACAGAUCCAGCCCGGCCAGACUUUACAACCGCUGCAGCAGAACCUCCAGCUUCAGGCCUUCCAGAACCCCACGCAGGUUCUGAUCCGCACGCCCACGCUCACGCCGUCAGGGCAGAUCAGCUGGCAGACCGUCCAGGUCCAGAACGCAGGGAUGCCCCAGCAGCUGACGCUCGCCCCCAUGGGGUCGAACGCAGGCGGCGGGACCUACGCUCAGAUCGCCCCGCUGACGCUCGGAGGCUCGCCCAUCACGCUCACCGCGGCCCAGCUGCCCUCUGGCACCGGCGUGCAGACGGUGAACAUCGCGGGUUUGGGCACGGCUGGAGUCCAGGUGCAGGGCGUCCCGCUCACCAUCACCGGCGUGCAAGGUCAGCAGCAGGGUCAAGAUGGGGUCAAAGUUCAGUCCACCCCAGUGACGGUCACUGUGGGCAACAUCAGCAGCACGACCCUGAACGCAGUGAGCCCAGACCAGGUCCAAAGCCCGUCGGACCAGGAGGGUCAGCCCAGCAAGAGGCUGCGCAGGGUGGCCUGCUCCUGCCCCAACUGCAGGGAUGGAGAGGGGAGAAACAACAGUGACCCCUCCAAGAAGAAACAGCACGUGUGUCAUAUGGAGGGUUGCGGGAAGGUUUACGGCAAGACGUCUCACCUGAGGGCUCACCUGCGCUGGCAUACGGGAGAGAGACCGUUCGUCUGCAACUGGAUCUUCUGCGGGAAACGCUUCACCAGGAGCGACGAGCUACAGCGGCAUCGCAGGACGCACACAGGUGAGAAGAGGUUCGAGUGUCCGGAAUGCUCCAAGAGGUUCAUGCGCAGCGACCACCUUUCAAAGCACAUCAAAACCCACCAGAACAAAAAAGGUGGGGCGGCACUUACCAUCAUCACCACAGAUGAAAUGGAGGAAGAGGUGGACGAGGUCCUGGGCUCGCCGAGGAUCGUCACCGUGGCGUCGCUCUCGCAGGAUUCGAACCCGGCCACGCCCACGACUUCAAACAAUUUAGAGGAGGAGUUUGAGUAGCUUUCCCUCCAAAUAUUAUCGUCUAAAAGCACCACGAUAUUGUUUGUUCUUCUGUUGGUUUGUUUAUGUUCUUCAUUCUUUUUCUAUUGACGAUGGACAGCUGUUUGAGCGUACUCGAUUUUUCAUAUGGAAGUUUAAUACUAUCAAAUAUUAUGACAAAGAAUAAUCUAAAGGAAAUAUGGAAAUAGUAUGAGCAGUUAAGAGACAUAACAUGCGCGUUGAACGAAGACGUUUCGAGUAGCACAAGAAGUACUAAAGUUCCCAGAUGCUCCGGAAGAUGUCGCUAUGCACAAAAAUGAUAUUUAUCUGUUUUCGCAGUGGUUACGGAUUAAAUACACAGUCGGGGAUGAGAAUCUCGGAGCUUUACGCAUUGGUCUGUGGGUUUGCGUACGAUCAGGCUAGAAAGAUGAGCUGCGAACAGAUCUUUAGUACACGUUUAGAGCCUCAGCACAAGCUUGAAGAGCGACGCCGUCUGA